CAAAGUCCACACAUAAUGCCUUAAACUGGCUGGCUCUGUCUCUGUGAGUAGAAAGCGAGUUUGUCAGUUUCCGCGUUCUUCUUUCUUUUUCUUUUUUAUUUCUCUCUUACAAAGUUUCUUUCCUAGAGAGAUUCUGUGAUAAUCCGAGAACACAAACAUUUCAGAAAAAGAAGACAACUUUGUUGCAGGAAAUGGGGUCUCUUCUCCAACCCAUGAUGGGAUAUGCUAUUUUUCUUGCUUUUUUUCUUUCUUUCACCUGCUUCACUUCAACAGGGGCCUAUGAUGCACUUGACCCAAAUGGAAAUAUCACAAUCAAAUGGGAUAUUAUUAGCUGGACUCCUGAUGGCUAUGUUGCUGUUGUUACACUUUUUAACUUCCAGCAAUAUCGGCACAUCCAAGCACCAGGUUGGUCACUUGGAUGGACAUGGGCAAAGAAGGAGGUUAUAUGGAGCAUGGUGGGAGGCCAGGCCACAGAGCAAGGAGACUGUUCAAAAUAUAAAACAACUAUCCCGCAUAGCUGUAAGAAGACCCCAACAAUUGUUGAUUUGAUGCCAGGAACUCCUUACAACCAGCAGAUUGCAAAUUGCUGCAAAGGUGGAGUACUUAGCUCAUGGAUCCAAGAUCCAGCCAAUGCAGCAGGCUCAUUCCAGCUAAGUGUUGGUGCAGCAGGAACUUCAAACAAAACUGUCAGAGCACCUAAGAACUUCACUCUCAAUGCCCCAGGGCCUGGUUAUAGUUGUGGAAAGGCAAGAAUUGUCAAGCCUAGUAGAUUCUUAUCAGCAGAUAAAAGGAGAGCCACACAAGCUUUGAUGACAUGGAAUGUUACAUGUACAUAUUCACAAUUUCUGGCUAAUAAAGCACCAACUUGCUGUGUCUCUCUUUCAUCUUUCUACAAUGACACAAUAGUGCCCUGUCCAGCAUGUUCAUGUGGCUGCCAAAGAAACAUGACUGAGCCUGGCAGCUGUGUAGAUCCGGAGUCACCAUAUUUAGCUUCUGUCGUCUCAAGCUCUGGAAAGAAUAGCAAUACACCUCUGGUACGUUGCACAAACCAUAUGUGCCCAAUCAGAGUUCACUGGCAUGUGAAACUAAACUACAAGGAAUACUGGCGUGUAAAGGUCACAAUUACCAACUUCAAUUACAGGAUGAAUUACUCAGCAUGGAACCUAGUUGUCCAACAUCCGAACUUUGACAAUGUGACCGAGAUUUUCAGUUUUAACUACAAGCCACUAACUCCUUAUGGAGCAAUAAAUGAUACUGCCAUGCUAUGGGGAUUAAACUUCUAUAAUGACUUGCUCAUGCACGCUGGACCCACUGGUAAUGUACAGUCGGAAAUACUUUUCCAGAAGGACAAAGCGACUUUCAGUUUUGCUAAGGGUUGGGCUUUUCCUCGGAGAAUCUAUUUCAAUGGUGAUAACUGUGUCAUGCCACCACCCGAUGCCUAUCCAUGGUUGCCAAAUGCUGCUUCCCAUCAACUUACCUCCCUGGGUAAGCUAAUCUUGACUGUUCUGUCAACACUGGGAUUCCUCUAUGCUUAUGCUUAAAUUAAACUUGGAACUACAAUUCUCUAAUACUCUCGAUCAGAUAGUUGACCCAAAUAGUACUUUAUACAAGUCACUUGAGAAGUUUUUCAUGCAUUUUUGGUGAUUCGAAGCAAGAAAUCAAGUGGGGGUUCAGGUGCACUGCUGCUGUUCGUUUUCUCUAUAGAGUAUAUGGAUGGAUGAACUCUAAUGCCAUUUUGUAACUUAUAGCUGUUGUUUGGUAUGUGUAUAUAUUCAUCUAUCCAAUUCCAUGCAAUUACAACGUACAUUUUGUAAUCAUAUUGUAAUAAAAGACAAGGAUGAUCAACAAGGAAUUUGAAUUCUUUCA